AUGCAACGGAUUCUGAGACCAUUUGAAACAUUUGGAAAGACUGCCACGAAUUCUGUGUGCAUUUGGUUGAACGGGGAACCGACGGCCAUUGAGAAAAGGGCGGAAGAGCUGUGGAACGGGGCAAAGUACAGAGUGGCGGCUGAUGGAGCACUGAAUGAAAUCGAGAAAAGGCUAGGGAAAAUGAGGAGGAGAGGGGAGAAGAAGGAAUGGAUUAUUGCAGGGCCGAAACGGUCGAAUGGCCGCACGUCGUUGCCGGAGAUUUCGACUCGAAAGACGAGCGGAUCGAGACGAGGAAUGCCACGUAAUACUUUUGGUAAGGUUCGGACAAGGUUAUCGGGCAUUCGACCGUUCUAGUAAGCUGGAACCCCACCCGACAAUUGUCCGGUCCUAAACUCUGCCUAAAUGCUCUUAGCUCAUGGAACUUUCAGGAUUGUUCAUCUUCCUGAUCAAAUGAAAACGGAUUUGACAAAAUCGAUCGAGUUCUGCUUGGAGCAAAAUGAAAGAAAGGAGGUUCGAACUGAAGGAUGACUGAAAUGAACUGAAGAAGAUAACAUUUCAGUGGACAUUCGAUCGGAUCGUCAUUCUUGGAGGUCUCAAUGGUCGAUUCGAUCACACGAUGUCCACACUUUCCACGCUUGCCAUGUUUGUAGCUCAAAGUGUUCCCGUCUUUGUUCUCGACUCGAGGAACUUUCUGAUGGCUGUUCCGGAAGUGAGUAAAAAUGAGAAAGACGAGGGAAACAUCUUGUGUUCGUAGGGGGAGAUGUCAGUGGAUGUAGACCUGCAGAUAUGCUCCAAAAUGUGCGGAGUCAUUCCGAUUGCUCAAACACCGACGCGAGUAACUUCAAAUGGAUUGAAAUAUGAAAUGAGUCAGUGAACUCCUGUGACAGACUACCGUAAUCCAUCCUUUCAGCUGAUCUUCCAUUGGCAUUCGGACACCUGAUAAGCUCUUCGAACGAAUUGGCUGCCGAAAGGAUCCAACUGAAAGCCAACGCCCCUCUUCUUUUCACCAUUGAACUAAUCUCUGAACAUUUGCAAUAA